AUGAGCAUAAAGAAGACAACUUCGGAUGGGAAAUAUUUUACCGUCCAAGGGCUCAAAGAGUAUCUACAAACACAGGAGCAAUAUUUCGAAUUCUUUCUCGAUUGCCCUUAUUAUAGAAUGAGUAAAGAGGUCACAUCACUGUUGGCUGUAUAUGACGGUUUGACGCCAGAAGAAAUAACAACACGGUUUUUCCAACUAAAAAUUGCUCAGCCUCAAAAGCCUAAGGCGUCGAAAGUUCGUCGCGAAAGUAUCUGUUGGAGGCAUUUAUGGAAUAAACUCAAAUUCUGGAAUAUUAGAACUUCGAAGAAAUCGGAAAAGAAGUAG